GUACACCUCCCGUUUCCUCCUAGGCUAGAAGCUUCAUGGAACCAUGUACGGUUUAUGUAGGCGUAAAGGUUCACCCUGUUUGCCAUGUGUAUUUCCGUAAUACCUUUUAUCUCUCUUGCCCGUGUCGAUUGACAUGCAUCUGGAAAUCUCUUGAAAUCAAUUUGCAUCAUCUAAGAGCUCAGGCACAAGUCUGAGGUUUGCAGCAUCGUUAUUCUGUCAAACUAUCUCUCCACUCUUCUGCACACGGUUCAAUUAGCUUCAAUGAACUUAUAUGUACCAACAUCUGUGACCUGUCAGUAGGGCUUGUCUUUGACUCCUGAUUUCGUCUUCCUUCUGGAUGUAAGCCACAAGUCGCCAUUUCUAACCCCAAUAUUCGAUUCGGUACCGACGAAGGAGAUGUUGGACGCAGAAUCUUCUUCAUUGACGCCUCUACCGGAAUCUCUUUCUCAUGGUUUAGUUGCUGUCGCGACCUUUGGUCUUUUAUCAUUCUUCUGUUCGAUUAGUUUAUUCCUCUACCUCACAUACAAGAUCUUUUCAUGGAAGAAGAAAACACCCAUCGGUCAAAGUCAAGGUCAGACGACGUCGUCUGUUAAUCAAUUCUUAUUUCUGAUAUACAACUUACUAUUGGCGGAUAUUCAACAAGCAUUGGCAUUUUUACUCAACAUCAGCUCGCUCAAGGAUAAUGGAAUUAUGGUUGGAACGCCAGCAUGUUGGGCUCAAGGAUGGUUUGUGUCGACGGGAGAUUUGGCCAGUAGUGUAUUCAUCGCUGUCAUCGCAUGUCAUACAUUUCUCAGCGUCGUCAAACAGUAUCGUGCUCCACAAUGGGCAUUCUAUACGACAAUCGCAGGAUGUUGGGUAUUCAUCUACGGAUUGGCAAUCAUCGGAAUCGCAAUGCACCCACAUGAUCUUUACGUGAGGGCUUCUGCUUGGUGUUGGAUUGGGAAUCAAUAUCAAAAUGAACGUCUAUGGCUCCAUUACUUUUGGAUUUUCGGUGCCAUGUUUGGAACCAUUCUCAUCUACGCCUGUAUCUUCAUCUAUAUUAGUCAUCAAUCGCGUUCCGCUCCCCCCGGAAAUCAAGCUUCCCAUCUUCACGGCGCCCAGCCUCUUAUGAUUCUCUAUCCUUUGAUCUAUACCAUCUGUACGAUUCCACUUGCCGCCGGACGUAUCGCCGCACUAGCAGGGUCGGAAGUCAGUCUGAGUUUUUACUGUGUUGCGGGUAGUAUGAUUGCGUGUAAUGGAUGGUUAGAUGUACUAUUAUACGCCAGUACCAGAGCCGAAAUUGUGUUUAGUGAGUAUGCACCAGGCGAGGAAACGGGUUUGGAAACUUUCGCAUUUAUGGGAAAAGGACACUCGCUGGGAACGACUACGACUAUUGAAGCGGGGGGGUUAAAGGCUGCUGUGAGAGGGAGUGGGAAUCCGGGACGAAGAGGACAUGGGGCGAGUGAUAGCACGGAUAAUCUUUACAAGAUGGGAGAUAUCUCUGUGGCGAAAAAUGUUAGUGUUCGUGUGAGUAUAGCACGAGAGGGAGAGCUGGGGAUUGGAGGGUAUCAAAGAGGGGCGCCAGGAAGUAAAGAUGAUAGUGAAGAUCAUGGAAGUGAUUCCGGGUGGGAUAACAUGAAGGGUAGAAGGAGUGAAAGUGGGAAGAGUGGAUUCAGCGAUAUGGCUUAAUCUUUUGAUCUUUAGUCAAGAUCUUGGAUGAUGCCAUUGAUACUUAAUGAUUGUUUCUUUUGUUCAUUGCAUUGCAAGGAGUGGAUGGAUUUUUGAGCACUGGCUCUUGCAUUUACAUCGCAUUGAUACCCAGUAAGUACAAUAUUGUAUGAAUAUUAGUGGGCAUAUGACAUGUACACAGUACAGUACAUGAUACUUAUCCACAUCUUUUUGUUACUAGACAGAGUUUCUCAACUUGUACAUAGGAGGAUACACAUACAGCUACAGAUACAUAUCUGAAAUACACGCAUACA